CUGAACAAAAUGGGCGAGCCGAACGCAAACACAGACACAUCCUUGAUUCUGUUCGUGCUCUGCUCAUUUCAUCCUCUUGUCCAGAGCGAUUUUGGGGUUAGGCUGCUCUUACAGCUACUUAUCUUAUUAAUCGCAUUCCAUCAUCAGUCCUUAAUAACCAGUCUCUAUAUGAGCGUCUACAUGGUAUUCUUCCUGCUUAUAAUCUUCUUAAGGUUUUUGGUUGUGCAUGUUUUGUUCUUCUUCCACCUCAUGAACAUAACAAGUUAGAACCUAGAGCUCGAUUAUGCUGUUUUUUGGGUUAUGUGAUUACACAAAAAGGAUAUUGUUGUUGGGAUCCUGUGUCACAAAAACUCCGAGUUUCACGUCAUGUUGUCUUUUGGGAACACACUAUGUUCUCAUCAUUGUCAAACUUCAAAGUGUCAUCCUCUCAUCAACCUCCAUUUUUUACUAAUCCUUCUAUUGAGCUAUUUCCCAGUGAAUCUAAUGCAGGUACAUCUGAUGAGCUCUACAAUGCCUCACCACAUGCUCCAACCAGUUCUGUAGAAGAUGAUCUGCCUGCUGGUAAUGCAUUAGAUAAUUUUGAGCCUUCUUCUACUUCCUCGUCUACAAAUGAGCUUGUUGUCCCAUCCUCGAGUCAUCCUACUCGGGUAAGAAAGCCUCCAAACUACCUUCGUGAUUAUCAUUGUUUUCCUGCUAUUACUUCAUUACAUGAGCCUCAAUCCUAUCAAGAGGCCUCUUCUAACCCUUUUUGGCAACAAGCUAUGCAAGAUGAAUUACAAGCUCUUGAAAACACUCGUACAUGGCAUUUAGUUGAUAUCCCUGCUGAAAAAUCUCUAAUAGGCUGUAAAUGGGUGUACAAGAUCAAAACGCGAUCUGAUGGUUCUGUGGAGUGUUAUAAGGCACGCUUGGUUGCCAAGGGUUUUACACAUGAGUAUGGAAUCGACUAUGAAGAGACAUUUGCUCUAGUUGCUCGUCUUACAUCUGUGCGCAGUUUGCUUGCUAUCGUUGCUAUACGGAGAUGGAAAUUGUUUCAGAUGGAUGUGAAAAAUGCUUUUCUUAAUGGUGACCUAGAAGAAGAAGUUUAUAUGAAACCACCUCCUGAGCUCCACCAUCCUCCAAACAAGGUAUGUCGAUUGCGCCGUGCAUUAUAUGGGUUGAAGCAAUCCCCUCGAGCCUGGUAUGCAAAGUUUAGUGCUACUGUGAGUGAGUUUGGUUUUACUUCCAGCCCACAUGAUAUAGCUUUGUUCAUUGGUAAGACUGCUCGAGGUAUGGUUCUUUUACUUCUUUAUGUUGAUGACAUGAUUAUUACUGGAGAUGAUGUCGUCGUCACUCCUGAGCUUCCUGCUUCCAAGUCGUCACACCUGAGCUUCCUGGUUUUCCAGGUCGUCACUACUGAGCUUCCUGGUUUCAGGUCGUCACUCAUCAGUUUCUUGGUUCCAGGUCGUCACUCAUCAGUUUCCUGGUUCCAGGUCGUCACUCCUGAGCUUCCUGCUUCUAGGUCGUCACUACUGAGCUUCCUGGUUUCAGGUCGUCACUCCUGAGUUUCCUGCUUCCAGGUCGUCACACCUGAGCUUCCUGGUUCCAGGUCGUCACACUUGAGCUUCUUGGUUUUCCAAGUCGUCACUCAUCAGUUUCCUGGUUUCAGGUCGUCACUACCAAGCUUCCUGGUUUCAGGUCGUCACUAAUGAGCUUCUUGCUUCUAGGUCGUCACUACCGAGCUUCCUGGUUUAGUGACCCCGAGUCACAUAUUUU